GUCGAUCUCGAAACGCAGUAAGGAGGAGCAAGAAGCAAAAGUGUGGUCGCUGGGCUCUUGACAAAUUUCUCUCGUCGCCUCCCUCCCGCUCUCAUCCCCCGCUGCUCCCAUGAUUGUGAUUGCCUCCUCUCUCUCGGGAAUGUCCGAUCGGCAUUGAACACACCGUCUAGCAGGAGCAAGAAGCAGAGCAGCAAAGCAGCAACUGAAACCGGAUGCGCGGGGAAGCGGAUGAACAGCGAGGACAUAGGGAAGAGACGACGGCGAACUGGCAAGCUGAAGAAGGCGAUGAGGGAGGGAGAGAAAGACCCGAGAUGAUGACGGGCCACGUUGAGGGAAUGGAAGUCGGGAGCCCGACUGCUGAUGUGGAGCAGACAGAGGCAUCAGCGGACGAUCAACCGCAAGAAACUGUAAUUUCGCGGGAGACUGCUUUUGCUACCACAAUGCUCGGUCCCGGGGGAGUUCCGCCCGCGGUUGAGGACCAGAUGGAUUCUCCUCCUUCUCCUCCUCCUCCUCCUCCUCCUCCUCCUCCUCCUCCUCGGCCUGCGGCACAGGAGAUGGAGGCAGAGGAGGCAGUAGAAUCUGGUGCCCAUUUGCGAGGUGAAGACGCUGGAAUCGUUUUGUCUACAGAAACCUUCGCUGAAGUUGACGAGUCUCGAAGAUCCGGCGAGCAAAGAGAACACCCGGGAGAGGGGGGACCACCGGACUUGGCCUUGGAAGAGGCGACUUCUGGGACUGAGGAAGGGUUGCAGCAGCCGUUGUCGGCCCUGUCGCCCGAGCAGCAGCGGCAGCAGCAGCAGCAGGAGGAGGAGGAGGAGGAGGAGGAGGAGGAGGAGGAGAAAGAGAGAGACGGGGAGGUUGAGCGAAUCGAACAACAGGGGGAGGAGAGACUGCCGGGCUUGACCUUGGAAGAGGCGUCUUCUGGGACUGAGGAAGGGUUGGAGCAGUUGGCCCCUCCACCAUCGCUGCAGCAGCAGGAGGAGGAAGGGGAGGAGGGAGAGAAGGAGGACGAAGAGAAGGUGAAGGAGGAGAGAGACGGGGAGGAGGGACCGCCGGGCUUGGCCUUGCAAGUGGCGUCGUCAAGGGCUGAGGAAAGGUUGCAGCAGCCACCGCCGGGCUUGGCCUUGCAACAGCAGGAGGAGGAGGAAGAGGAGGAGGACAAGGUGGAGGAAGAGGAGGAGGAGGAGGAGGAGGUAGAGGAGAGAGCUGGGGAGGUCAAGGGGAGCGAACAACCACGGGAGGAGGGAUCGCUGGGCUUGGUAUUGGAAGAGGCUGAGGAAGGGUUGCAGUUCCCGUCGUCCCCGCCGUCGCUGCAGCAGCAGCAGCAGAAGGAGGAGGAGAAAGUGAAGGACCAAAAGGAGGAGGAGGAGAAGGAGGUGGAGGGGAAGGACGUGAAGGAGAUGAGAGACGGGGAGGUCGAGCCAAGCGAACGACCAAGGGAGGUGGAACCGCCGGGCUUGGCAUCGGAAAAGCCAUCUUUUGGGACAGUCACUGAGGAAGGGUUCCAGCAGCCAUCGUUCCCGACGUCACAACAGCAGCAACAGGAGGAGGAGGAAAAGGAGGCGAAGCAGGAGACGGAAGAAGACGAGGUUAAGGAGGAGAGAGACGGGGAGGUCGAGCGAAGUGAACAGCUGGAGGAGAAGAGACCGCCGGGCUUCGUCUUGGAAGAGGCGUCCUGUGGGACUGAGGAAGGGUUGCAGCAGCCGUCGUCGGGUUCACUACUACAGCAGCAGCAGCAGGAGGAGGAGGAGGAGCAGGAGGAGGAGGAGGAGGAGGAGGAGGAGAAGGCGACGGAGGGGAAGGACGUGCAGGAGAAGAGAGACGGGGAGGUUGAGCCAAGCGAACAACCAGGGGAGGAGGAACCGCCGGGCUUGGCCUCGGAAAAGCCAUCUUUUGGGACUGAGGAAGGGUUGGAGCAGCCAUCGUCACUGAUGUCGUGGCAUCAGCAACAGGAGGAGGAGAAGGAGGAGGAAGAAGACGAGGUUAAGGAGGAGAGAGAUGGGGAGGUCGAGCGAAGUGAACAGCUGGGAGAAAAGAGACCACCGGGCUUGGUCUUGGAAGAGGCGUCCUGUGGGACUGAGGAAGGGUUGCAACCGUCACCGCCGCCUUCGCUACAGCAGCAGCACCAGGAGAAGGACUCCGAGGAGGAGGAGGAGGAGGAGGAGGGAAAGGAGGAGAAGGAGGUGGAGGAGGAGGAGAAGGAGGGGGAGAAGGAGGAGAGAGGUGGGGAGGUCGAGCGAAGUGGAAAACCGGGUCAGGAGGGACCGACUGGCUCGGGCCUAGAAGAGGCGUCUUCUGGGACUGUGGAAGGCUUGCCGCAGCCGUCUCCACCGCCUUCGCUGCAGCAGCAGCACCAAGAGAAGGGGGAAGAGGAGGAGGAGAAGGAGGAAAAGGAGGAGGAGGAGGAGAACGAGGAGAGAGGUGGGGAGAUCGAGCGAAGGGAACAACCAGAGCAGGAGGGACCGCCAGGCUUGGGCUUGGAAGAAGCGUCUUCCGGGACUGCGGAAGCGUUGCAGCAGUCCUCGUCCCAGCAGCAGGAGGAGGGGGAAGAGGAGGAAGAGGAGGAGGAGGAGGAGGAGGAGCAGGAGGAUGAGGAAAAGGAAAAGGAGGAGGAGGAGAAGGAGGAGGAGGAGAGAGAUGGGGAGAUCGAGCGAAGGAAACAACGAGGGCAGGAGGGGCUUCCGGGCGUGGGCUUGGAAGAGGCGUCUUCUGGGACAGUCACUGUGGAAGCAAUGCAGCAGCUGUCGCCCCCGACAUUGCAGCAGCAGGAGGAGGGGCAAGAGGAGGAGGAGGAGGAGAAGGAGGAGGAGGAGGAGGAGGAGGAGGAGGAGGAGAAGGAGGAGAGGGGUGGGGAGAUCGAGCGAAGGGAAAAACCAGGGCAGGAGGGACCACAGGGCUUGGGCUUGGAAGAGGCGUUUUCUGGGACUGUGAAAGCGUUGGAGCAGUCGUCGGCCCCGACAUCGCAGCAGCAGGAGGGGGAGGAGGUGGAGGAGAAGGAGAAAACUGAGGAGGAGCAGAAGGAGGAGGAGAAGGAGGAGAAGAAGGAUGAGAGAGGUGGGGAGAUAGAGCGAAGGGAACAACCAGGGCAGGAGGGACUGCCGGGCUUGGGCUUGGAAGAGGCAUCUUCUGGGAUUGUGGAAGCAAUGCAGCAACCGUCACCCCCGACGUCGCAGCAGCAGGAGGGGGAGGAGGAGGAGAAGGAGGAGGAGGAGGAGAAGGAAAAGGAGGGGGAGCAUAAGGAGGAGGAGAAGGAGGAGAGAGGUGGGGAGAUAGAGCAAAGGGAACAACCAGGGCAGGAGGGACCGGUGAGCUUGGGCUUGGAAGAGGCGUCUUCUGGGAUUCUGGAAGUGAUGCAGCAGCUGUCGCCCCCGACAUCGCAGCAGCAGCAGGAGGAGGAGAAGGAGGAGGAGAAGGAGGAGGAGAAGGAGGAGGAGAAGGAGGAGGAGAAGGAGGAGGAGAAGGAGGAUAGAGGUGGGGAGAUCGAGCGAAGGGAACAACCAAGGCAGGAGGGACUGCCAAGCUUGGGCUUGGACGAGGCAUCUUCUGGGACUAUGGAAGCAUUGCAGCAGCCGUCGCCCCCGACGUCGCAGCAGCAGCAGCAGCAGGAGGAGGAGGAGAAGGGGGAGGAGAAGGAGGAUAGAGGUGGGAAGAUCGAGCGAAGGGAACAACCAAGGCAAGAGGGACCGCCGAGCUUGGGCUUGGACGGGGCAUCUUCUGGGACUGCGGAAGCAUUGCAGCAGCCGUCGCCCCCGAUGUUGCAGCAGCAGCAGCAGCAGCAGGAGGAGGAGAAGGAGAAGGAGAAGGAGGAGGAGGAGGAGGAGAAGGAGGAGGAGAAGGAGGAUAGAGCAUUGCAGCAGCCGUCGCCCCCGACGUCGCAGCAGAAGCAGCAGCAGGAGGAGGAGGAGGAGAGAGGUGGAGAGGUCGAUGCAGCAGUGGACGAAUGUGAACAAUACAUUGUUGCCUCAGAGUCUCCGUCCCAAUCUAGUGGGCCUGGAUCUCCUGCUGCCUCGGCUGCUGACAUUCUUGCUAUCGGCCCUCCUUCUAGUGCUGCUAUUGCUGUUUCUCCGGUAGCGGGUCAUCUCCAACAGCUUGCAGAGAGAGUUCCCUUCUCCAUGACGGUGGCACGUGAGACGAACCCCGAUGAUAGCAUGUGUUUGCAAGCAUAUCCUGCUUCUUCUGGAGCUGGAGUGGGGGGAAGCAUGCCUCUCGCUCACGGAAUGGCUGUGCCGAUUGACAUUGGUGAGAGGCUGAUGGAGGCUGUUGAGCCGGAAGACGAUGGACGAGGAUUUCCGAGUGCGGUUGUUGGUGUAGAGGAGGCAUCUUCCGCACUGCUGCAAGAUGACAGAGCAGUAGAGCUGAUGGGGAUCCAGGCGGGGGUGGCAAAGUCUGCGGGUGGUUCCCCACGGCGGGAUCCUGGCAUGUCAUUUCUAGAGUGCAACUCUGCACAGGAUCCUGUCUGGGGGAGUGAAUGGACAACCACAACUUCUCCUUUGGUUGCGUCCCGAGAUGGGAUCUCCCCCUCAGUCUCCUCGGAUCCGUUUGUCGCACAACCUGUUGUGCGACAACCUGCAGCUGCCGAAGGCUUUUCUUCCGAGGAGGAUGAGGGGGCGGCAGCGUUGCUUUCCGCUUCGGAAUCUGCGCUGGGAGAGGCGGUAAUUCCGCCUCGUUCCGGUCGAUGGCGCGACAGUGGCGGGCAAUCGUCGGUGGGGGAUGCGCAAGCAGUCGCCUUUGCCCCACACGUGGCAGAGGAUCAGACCAUUGCAGAUAAUCCUGACGACGACGUGGACUUAACGGUUACCUCCACGGUGGCAGAAGCGCUGCCCGGGGUCGAGACAGAGCUAUUGGCCCAGGGGACGGAUGAGGAACAGCUUGUGCGUGUUCCUGGAAGGUUUGAGAGGGAGGUGUCUACCAGCACUGGAGGUAGUUUUCCCUUGCUCGCGCAGAUGUCCGUGGAGUCCGUGGUGGGUGGAUCGGGUGGAGUGGUGGUCAGAUCUAGCUCGUUCGAUGGGAGCUUGCAGUCCGUUGCCGGUGAAGAACACGUGUCGACAGGUCAACCCCUUCAUGGGGAGAUGCGGGCAGGCGAGCCAACCCUGGAGACGCUGAAAGAUCGUCGAGGGAGGGGGGACCAUCACGAGCUCCUCCAGGUGGGAGGAGAGACUCUAGCGGAACCCGCAUUUGUUGAGGUGCGGGGCCUGCGGAGUCCCGAGGCCAAGGCCCAAGCUUCUCGAACGGAGGAAGGCACGGAAGCAUUCUUAUUGAGUGCCCCUUCGAGUCCCGAUGGGGGGAGGAGAGUGCUGGGAGCAACUGUUGAUCGCCUGUUGGCCACCCCGUCGGUGGAGGGGUCCAGUACAAGAUCUGUGGACUUGGCAGCUUUCGCUCGUCCCGAAGAUCGUGGACUAGCCUCGGGGGACACCGGGUCUGCUCUUCGUCCCAACCCCGGCGAUGCAUCCUCAGAUCGGGGUCGGGAUCCAAUCCAGCAUUUGCACCCAUUCCUGAAGCAGCAGUUACAUCUUGUGACAUCUGGAUUGGGCGUGGAGGUGGGCUAUGCUCCCGAGACAUUCGCUGAGCCAGAGUCUCCCGAUCCCGAGUCUCUCACCGUAGAAGAGCUGCUGGCAGGCGCGGAUGCGGGGGAGAAAAGGUUCCCCGUGUCAUGGGAGAAGCAGCAGGGUCAUGUUGAAACAACUCUUAGCUUAGCUGAAUCGUCAAUGGUGAGCGUAGAUCCGUUGGGUCAGGCAGAACCAAUCAGCGGAGGACAUUUGGUCAGCAGUGUGGCUGCAGUCUAUGCCCCGGAGUUUUCUGUGGAAGGCCGACUGGAGGAGGAGAAAGAGGAGGCGGAGGAGGACGGUGAGGAGGAGGAGGAGGAGGGGGGGGAUCACGGGGAAGGGAGGCGGUCUAAGACCAAGCCACCGGUUUUUGUGGUGACCCCUUCCUUCGAACCGCCUCUAGGGGCGCUCACUGGAGUGGAGUGCCGGUUGGAGUUGGGAGAACUGGACUCUGUCAUCUGGUCCCUGCCGGAAUCGAUGGAGGAUGGCAUUUGGCACAGGAGUCGGCUGAUUGAGUCCAUGACAGAAGCGGAGCUAUCGUCGACCACAGGACUUGAUGCUGCAGCCGUCUUGUCCUUGCAGAAACUCUUCGGUUCUUCAACAGAGGCUGAGGUUGACAGACUUGGCAUAGCUGCAGGGUACACGGACGAAUCUCUGCCUCCCGAUCCGGCUGAGGAAUUCCUACCACGCAUUGAGAUGUUGGAGAGAGCAGCGGAGCCACCUCUCGAGCAAGGACAGGUUGAGGGAAGCCGCUGCCCAUCUGAAUGGAUUCGUUCUCUCCAGAUAUCGUCGUCAGAGCCCGCGCAAGCAUUGCUCGUGCCGCCUCAAUAUGCAUCGCCUUUCAGCGAGGUGUGCCCUAUAAUCGAGUCGUACUCCUUGAGAGGACAGGUACUGCUAUGUUCGUUGGGUGGACGUGCUGGGCAUGUCUGGCUCAACUGCACAUGCGUGCGGAGCCCUGUUUUGGAUCACGAGGCUGCUUCUAUAACACGCGGUGGAAUGGGACGGGUGUGGAAGGAGGAUGAGGCCCUGCCAAAGCAGCAACGGCAACGGGAACUUCAAGAAGGAGGCUUCUUUGAGCCAAGGUGGGAGAUUCUAGAGCCGUCACCGGUGGAUGGCGCAUUGUGUUCAAAUGUGCCCGCUGAGUCGGAGGGCACUAUGUUGGCACUGUUGGGCCCGAUUGCGGAACUGUUCAGGGUUGACCGCAGAGCGACCCUGGAAGAAAGUAUGUUUGCUGACCAGGAUCAAAAGGAGGAAAGUGAUGAUGAGAAGUGGAUCCCGGUGCCGGGAACCCUUCCAUCACCCCAGUCCACUCCCUUAGACCCAGGCAAGGUGUCUGUCUCCAUCCGCUGGCAUGCAGAGACUAUGGACCCUGUCAUUCUUGACCCAUUCUCGCUGCUUGGCAUUAUGGAUCACGAGAGCAGUGAGAACUUGCCCAUAACAAUUUCAGAACCUACAGUCAGAGCUCUUCCACCACCAGAGCCGCUAGUCGUAUCAAGUACUGUUGUCGCCACAUUGGCGCCACCGGAAGAACCCGCCGAGGAUGAGGCCCCAGUUGGGGAGACACUGGAGAGUCAGAAGGCACCAGCGCUUAUCCUUGAGGGGUUCACCUUCCCAUCAGAGCCAGCAGACUAUCCCUCAGUCAAUGCUUUCGCAGUUAUUGACAUGGCAAAGGUGAGUAUCAUAGAACCAAGAUUCGUGCGUACGGACUCGGGAGGUAUUGCUUCGGUGGGCAGUGCAGAAGCUGUCUCAGCUGAGAAGGAUGUCCACAUCAAACGCGAAGGAGGCCCUUCAUCCCCUGUAGCACAGGCUGACUUGACAGAAACUGGUUUGCAAUUUCGUGAGGAAGGAACCAGAGACAGCACACCUGAUGUGUUGGAUGGGUUUGAGGUGGUACCUGAAGCUGGCGAGAUUCCAAGGGAAGAUGCUCAAAAGCUGAAGGGACAUCUUCCAUUGAAACCUGUGGAGGAGAUCGGUGAUUUAAGCGAUGAGGGUGACGAAGUGGAAAUGGUGGGAUCUGCGUCCUUGCCUGCCCUUGAUGCAGAUGUUGUGGAAGUGCAUGUUGAUGACGAGAAGUUGAGAUCAGCUCAUCCUGUUGUCAUAGCUAAGCCAGCUCAAGAGAUUCCAGUUCAUCCUUUGGGAAAAGAGUUCGAAGCGGAGGGGAGAGAGGAACCUGCAACACAGCCAUCCGAUUGUGAUGACCGCACUGCCGUGUUGUGCCCUGCGGUGGAACCAAAUUUCGAGCCUCAUCUUAAGAGGAUGUGCAGCUUGGAAAUGACGCCCAAUCCAGCUUUCCAUCCUGCAGAGGCUUCUGUUCUUUGGCAUGUUUGGCAAGGAAGAGAGGAGGGGAGUGAGAGCAGAACAUUUCCCAAGACAGCAGUUGAAGCCUCUCCGGAGGCAUCAGCCAUGGCGGCAAAGACGGUCCAGCAUGUUCCAUAUGAUGACUCUUAUGUUCCAAUAAGAAGGGCAACAGUGGAAAUACAUGUUGGAGAUCGUGUUCGUGCAUCGGAGGGGCUUAGCGAGCUGGUCAAUGAACCUCUUGUAGAGCUGGUGGAAAGUAGUGAGAGGGCUUCUGAACCGCUGUUUGAGGUUUGUUUGCCCCAUCAAAAGGAGGCUACUGUAGUGGACACUGUUCCUCGCCCUGCAGCUCAUCCGGCAGCUGAGUCUGCAACUCAGCCAGCACCAGAUGUGUGGGUUGCUCCUGACACUGAGGGUGAGGCACCGGCGAUGGUGAUUGGUCCGGUUACAACAAUCCUGAUGGAGGAGAGAGAGGAGCUUGAGCUCGGUUACGCAAAUGGCAUCCCAGCAGAGUCAGAAAUUGGUGAAGUUGUCCGGAAAGUGGAUGCUGAAGUGGUGGACUUUGCCUUAUCUCUGGGUCUGGACGAAGAGGGCUGUGAACAAUUGCUGAGCAGUGUUCCUUGGUUUGCAGCAGAGGCAUUGUUUCCUUCGAAAGGGGUGGAAAGCCAUGGAUUCAUUGCAGAUCCUUCUUAUGAGCCAGUCCCUGUGCCUGACCACGAGGGUGACGUGGAAAUGCUUCCGGCUCAGUCGUUAUCAAAUGUCGACCUCGAGCUCCUCUACUCUGAGCAUACAAAAGCAUCAGACAUCAGGCAGGGGAUGCUGGAAGAUUCCUGGUUUUUAUCUGCAGUCGCGAUUCUUGCUGAUUAUCCCGGCCUGAUAGAGAGGGUCUUCACUCAUCGGGAACUGCUGGCUAGUGGGGUUUGCAGAUUGCGCUUUUUCAAGAGUGGGAGAUGGGUGAGCGUGGCAGUGCAGAGCACACUACCUGCGACGAGCUCCGGACAACUUGUUUACGGUUUGUAAUCCAUCUUCUUCUCCCACCUGUCUCCUCUCGAAGCCAACUUCUUCUCCCACCUGUCUCCUAAAAAAUCAUCAAACGUUAAUGACAUCAACGAA